CUUUGUUUUGACAUUUAUCAUACGAUCGAAGUUUGGCGGAACGCGUGCGUACGCGCGGUCAAUAUUUUGGAAGCAAAAUCUUGUUGGUUUUACGUAAAAUAAAAUUAAUGCUUGAUGCGGAAAGUUAAAAGUGAUUAUGUACCUUUGUGACGUGUAAAAGUUGGCGAGGGAUUACGAUGCUGUCGAGGGGAAAUAUUUCUCCGAUGUUUUACCGAAUUUUGUCCCGGUUUCCGCCGAACUUUGCCUUCUGCUUUGCGUACGGUUCCGGUGUGAAGCAGCAGCUGGGAUAUGACAAGGUCAAGAAGAAGCAGAACAUGAUUGAUUUGAUCUACACCGUAGACAACGCUCAUCGGUGGCACGCCAGUAAUCUGGAACGGAAUCCGGACCAUUAUUCUGGGUUGGGCAGGUUUGGAGGAAACUUCAUUGCCAAAUAUCAGGAGACGCUGGGGGCGAAGGUGUUCUUCAACACGCUGAUACCGAUUCCGGAGGAGGACGUCGUGAUCAAGUACGGAGUUGUUUCGACGAAAGAUUUGCUGGAUGACUUGACAGAUUGGACCAGUUUGUACCUGGCCGGGAGACUCCACAAGCCGGUAGAGAUUAUUAAAACUGCUGCCAGUUCAAAGCUUCAAAAUGCCCUGGAAAGUAAUUUGAAGGCGGCCGUUCAUGCGGCGUUACUAGUUCUACCUGAAAAGUUUACGGAAUUUGAACUUUACCGAGCAAUAUCCAACCUAAGCUAUGCCGGCGACUUUCGAAUGAUCUUUGGCGAGAACAAGGACAAAGUGAACAACAUCGUACGGCCGCAGCUAGAGAAUUUCCGCAAUCUAUACUCGCCAACACUGACCCAGCUGAACCGCGUACUGUAUCUUCCGGUGGACAGUAGUGACAACGUGGUCUGCAUUCAGGAUCAGUCCGAACAGACAAUUCUCUACCAUCUGAACCACCUUCCAAAGUGGCCCGUUCGUCGUAUUGUCUACAAACAAACCAAGGGACGCUACCGGCAGGACACGGAGGACAUUCUCACGGCGGUCUCGAAAUCGUCCAACUAUCAGGAAGUCGUAUCCCGUUGUCUCCGAUCGAUCGUGUGGCAGAGCAGCGUGAAGCAGUCGAUCAAGAAUAUUCCGUCAGCUGGAAUUAGCAAAUCCAUCAAGUACAGCUGGGCAAAAGCGCUCAAGACGUUCAACAUGUGAGCCUCUACCGCCGAAACGCUAGUCACCAACUAUCGAACCUUUGUUGCAUUUAGAAUAAACUUAUAAACCCAA